AACGAAUAAUGCUUUGAACGUAAUAAAAUCUGUGUCACAUUGCUUGUUACGAAAUGGGAUUUGCCAAACAGGACAGUCUGAAAUAUGUUUCAAACGGCGCCGGUUGAUCAAAGAAAAGAUGUUCCUUUCGUCAGUUUUUAUUGUUCUUCUUUAUUCUAUCUGUACAUUAAGUGUCACCGAUCAGACACAACACGUUUUCAGCGAAAUGUAUUCGAUUAAUUUGAUUAAUUGUCCGAACGAUAAAAGGUGUACAUUUGUCGAGAAUUGUCCCGCUAUUUUGAAUUUAAUGAAUCACAAUCUACUGCCGAUUCACAGAUUUCGACAAGCGAUUUGUGGCUACGAGAGCAUAAAACCGAAAGUGUGCUGCGACGUCGAUAGCAAUAUGGUGAACUCAUUUUUUACUCAAAAGGAUGGUACAUCUUUUACGAGAUCGAAUCUAAUUCCAGAAUGUGGCAGGAGCUUCGUUCAUGGUGAUGUUAACUCUAUAGGAAUGUACCCUUUUGUUGCUAGAAUUGGAUUUAAAAGUAACACAGGUCAAAUAAAGUAUCCUUGUAACGGUGUAAUUUUGAAUCAGCGUACGAUAUUAACUACUGCCAGUUGCGCACUUGCAAAGUCUAGUAUUUAUCAAUUGGAUUCUGUGCUUGUUGGUGAGUUUAAUACUGAUACUGAUCCUGAUUGCAAUACACAGAAAAUUAAUAUAUCGUACGUGAUAAAACAUCCCAACUAUCGAUCUGAUACUUUUGCGAAUAAUAUAGCGAUGUUACGUUUAAAAGAAUCAAUACAAUAUACGGUAACGGCGCAACCUGUGUGUCUCUUACCAAGAGAUGGAUAUGUAAAUGUAGGAAUGAAUCCUAUUCUUGUCGGAUGGGGUAAGCUGGCAAGCCAGAAAGUGAACACUUGUAAGCAACAAUUGCUGAAAAUGAGGAUUGUGUCAACCGAAGAAUGCAUGAAUUAUUAUAACCAAGGAUCAACUGUCGAAUUGUGCACAAUAGGGGAUGAAGAGCCAUGUUCAGGAUACAAUGGAAGUCCCCUUUUAUUUAAAUAUGGCGAUACAUAUUUUUUGUUAGGCAUUUUAUCGUACGGUUCUGACUGCAGCAUGAUCAACAACUUCCCCUCAGUCUUCGUGAAUAUACAGAAAUAUACAAGAUGGAUUCUAGAAAAUUGUUGAUUGUACAUUAAAAGGUUAGUA